UACAAGUACACAGGGAUGUUGUUCCAUAGGACAAGCUGUAAGAUGUUGAUGUUAUGCAAAGGGUAUUAACAGAAAACAUGAAAAUGGAUAUGCAGAUAUUUUGUUUUUGCCUAUCAUACGAUAGGCAAGAAAAUAGGACACUUUUGAAUGGAUUUGUCUCUGUUUUGUGUUGUUUGUCUUCUUUUUUGCAAGGAUAAAGAACCUGCCAGUAUCAACAACUCUGUCACGGAUUGGAGCCAUCUGAAGAUGACAGGUGCAGCUGAUAGCUAAGGACCUUGGCUAUUUUUCUCUUUCAUUUGUGGAGGUUAUUUCCCCUCCGUCUUUGUGGGAGUUUCACAGCGCUCUUGUUCACUGAGGAAAUCAACUUAAAUUGAGCUGCCGCAAUGGGCUGUUCCCCGUCUAAAGGUAACAAUUUUCCGGGUCAGGCCACCUUUAGGAGGGGAAGGACACUACUACCAGGGGGCCAAGAGAGUCAAGGGAAGUCCCAGUCUGAUGAUGGAGGGAGUGGAGGCUCCUCCGGAACAGGAGACACAGAUGGAGAGACUUGGGAGAGGGGAAGUGGGGAGAGUAGACUGGCUGGUCAGAACUACUCUGUUCAGAAGGAAGCACCUUCAACCCCACAGAAAAAGAGACCCUCCCUUACCGAGUUGGUUCCAGAGGGGGUCAUCCUUGACAAAAAAGUGGGGACUCAAGAGGCAGGGUCACAUGUAAAAGAGAAACAAGGAGAUAGGCAAGACAUGGCUGACAAAAAGGGUGGACGAAAACCAAAGAAAAAUGGCAAAGGAAUCAAACCGACCAAAAAGAAAGAGAAGGAGAACAAAUCUCCCCUUGUGGAGCAGAAAGUUGAUUUUCCGGAACCUUUAGUGAAAGCCCACCAGGCUGUGUAUGCCUAUUUAAACCCAAGCAUCAGCAAAUAUGAGAUUCUGCUGCGGCUCCUGGACCAGGCGACCCAAACCCAGGUGUCUGUGCAGCCAAUGGUGACCUUCAUGGCUAUGCGCUACGAGGAAAUCAACCGAGGGCUGGAGGAAAUGGCAGACGAGGGUGAAAGGCUUCUGAAGGACAAUGGGGAGCAUCUCGCCUGGCCAAACCCAAUGAAAAACCUAUCCAGUUUCCCCCGCCUCACGUCUGGAUCCACCAAUGCUGGGUCAUCACCAGACCUCUUGCAGCAGCUACUUCAGUAUACCACUCAAAGGAUGCAAAAUGUGGGCCAGUCUGUGGGUGGCAUUGGGGACUCUGCCUUAGAGGAGGCGGCUGAGUACUUCAUCUCUGUCUCUGAGCUGCUGGAGGAGAAAUUAAAAGCUAAGCGUAAUGUGGAGACAAGACUGAUGCAGUUGCUGACUCGCAUUGAGGCUGCCUCACUCCGUACGACCGGACCAGAGGACUCUGCAUUGUUCAGUGAGGACAGUGGAAUUGGGGCCGAGAGCGAGUCUCUAGCUGGGUCUGAAAGAAUUCACCGUGAAAGUUGUGAGUACACUGCGACCAACCAUACCACUCCUUACAGUCCUAUUGGCAGCAAUGCUACCCUAGUCCGGCAAGGGGCACCAAGGCGAAUGUUUACCAAGAAAGUGAGUCCAAGCAACUCCCUAAACUCCAUAGACUCGGCCUGCACCAGAAUGGGUAAAGAGCAGAAAGACACAGAGUCACUAUUAGGAUCUUCCUUUUUAGAUGAUGGUGAGGAGGAUGACAAUGAUGAUGAGGAGGGAGAAGGUAACAGGAAGCAAUCUAGCUCCUCACCAUCUCAUCCUAACCAGCAACCUAGUCGCCUGGCACCCAGGCGCAUAGAGAACCCUCAAAAUGUGGAAAUGACCCUGAAAAUGAAAGAUGCCAUAAGUGGUCGGAUUAGAUUUGUUCACUCACAAUGUGACAGUGCCAAAACUAAACCAACAGACAGCCCCAAGACCAGCAGGCGCCAGUGGACAGAGGGGGAGGAACGAUCACCAAAAAGGCCCCAAACAGCAGCAAUUAAAAAGACCCCUGUUUCCAAAGAGGGCCGUUCACAGUCUGUAGAAUCCCUCCGCAGCAAAGGUGAAGAUCCAACAUUGCUUGAACUAGAGAGGACACAGAGGGAUCUGAGUCAGAGGCUAGAGAGGAUGAGCAAAGGCAGGAUGGAAGGGAAUGCCAAGACAGGUCCCACUAAACAGAACCCAGGAUAUACUACAAAGUCCCUGGCAUCCAAAUGUCUACAAUCCACCCUGCGGAAGAACAACAACACUUUUCCAAUUCAGGACAAGGCAGGGCUUACUAAGCGUAGCUCCUGGAAACAGGGGGCAAGAAAGGACAUGGCGGAGGAAAAAGAAAAGAAAGACAAGAAAACCACCAAGGGGCUGUUGAAAGCCACUCCACCUCCUAGCCCUCCACUGUCACCUCGUCUGUCCUCAGGGUUGUACCGGGGAAGGAAUUCUGUCAAAAGGCUGAUUGACACCUUCAGCCAGGGGGUGGAAGAGCCCAAACAAGAGGCCUCCAAAAUGUUAGGGCCAAUCAAAAGUGUUCGAAAGUGUGGGGUCCCUGUUAUGCCUGGAGUAGGUGACAUCGAGGCCAUACUGAGCAGUGGGGUCAGCAGUUGUAGGACAGAUGACAUAGACGUACAAAGUCUGCCACCCCCUCCUCUUGAGGUCCUGAUGGACAAUUCCUUUGAAGGUGCACAAAGCCUCACAGUAAGCGACGUAGAUGAUGGGGUUGCAAGUAGGGGCCGAUCCCCUAUUCCCAAGAGGGCUAUGGCAUCUCAGAAGCUGCGUGCUUCCAUGCAGUCUGUGACAUUGCUACCCAGCAGAGGCAACCUGCCCCAGGGCUCGAGCAACAUGCCCCCUGCCCAGACUGUACGGCAGGAUACCUCUGCUAGUUCCAGGGUUAGCCACCAUGAGCCUCAGCUGGAGGUAAACCCAGAGACAGAGGAGGCCACUCUCUACAAGCAAGCCAGAAAAGUAAUCCACUUGCGGCACUCCUCAGAGUCUCCGAUGGAGAAAGGUCAGGCUGUGCCCAGGGGGCCCUCUUCCAAUCGAGCUGCAUCGGGAUGUAGACAAAGCGAUGACAGCCCCUUUAAGACAGUGCCUCCCACUUCAACCGUCAGUAUCCAACCUCCUGCCACCCUGCCUGUAUCUAGAGCUCGAAUACUGCCUUCCACACCUUCAACCCCAACCGGCUUGCAUCGAAGAUUCCCCAGUCCCCCCACCUUCAGAACGCUGUCUACGCUUCCAUCUUCAACUAGCCCUCCGGUCAUUCGCAAACUUCCCACCCCACCACCACUUCAGAGAAGACUCCCAAGCCCACCUGCCUCAAGACAAGUAACUCCAGCAAACUCCAGCUCUUCUGGCUCCACACAUUCUUUCAAGGCACCCUCACCACCAACGUCCCCUAGGGUACAAAGAUGGAGACGAGAGAACAACAGCGAGGACUCCACCCCAGGGGCUUCAGCUAUCUCUCAGUUAAUCAGUAACGCUCGCUCUGUUUUCUGCCCGGCCUCGCCCUCAAUGUUUAAGGCCCAUCCUUGUCCCGUACCCCGCCCCCCACAGACUUGGGCCUCCACCGGUGGCCAUGUUGUCCCACGUCCUUGGGGAGAUCGUGGCAGGCUCCCUAUGUCCGUGCGAGGGCCACAGCCUUUCAUCCGACGCAGCCACUCAGACCAGAGGCCCAGUCUAAGCCUGCCGACUAGGGCAACCAUCGUCUCAUUCGCAGAGACUUGUGGGAGUGAGCCAGCCAUCAGCACACAAGGGCUGGAGGACGAGCCAACCAGAGACGACAAGUCAUGGGACAGCAAAUCGGACUUUAGAUGGAAUGCCCGCUCUGCUUCGCACCCGGACCUAUGCAUUGUGGGUCAGGGCCUUACAUUGUGAAUGAGGGGGCUGGUUAGUGGAAAACCAAGUCGGAUUACGAAUUAGCAGGAGGAUUUAAUACUUUUUUUUCCACUGGGAGUGCUAAUUCCAAGAAAGCUUCUUUACCGGGUGGUACCACUACCCACUACUCCCUUUAAUUUUUCUCAGAGACAUUUUUCUAUCAUGUUAUUGUAUUCUGGAUGCAGCGUGCUUGUGUGUGUGUGUGUGCAUGCGUGCGUGCAUGUGUGUGUAUGUGUUUAUUUUUCAUUAAACAUUUUCAACUCCAUGUUUCCUAUUUUGAUUUGUCAAAGUAUUUCUCUUGUUUUUCUAUCUUGAUUUUUUACAAUAAAAAUGUGCAUACAUGAACAA